AUGAAGAUGCUCACUCUGAUCAUGACUCUUCUGCUGCUGGCCCUCGAGACCCAGGCAGAAUCUCCCAAAGGAAGAAAUGAUGAGGCUCCAGACCAGGAGCAGUUGGUCAAUGAGGACCAGGAUAUUUCCAUAUCCUUUGGAGGGGAUAAAGGCACUGCUCUCCUAAGUGCAGAUGUGAAGUCAGGCUUGACCUGCUAUUGCAGACUCAGAGGCUGUUUUAUUGGAGAACGGCUCUCUGGGGCCUGUGGUUACCAGGGCCGCAUCUUCAGACUCUGCUGCCGCUGA